GGACUGAUUUGUAGUUCGCUCAGAAGAAAAAUCAACAAGUGUUUGUUUCUCCAUGAACAUGCAAGUAACCUUAUCCUCUCCCAACUUUAAACUACACUGAGCCCCUCUGGUUUUCUGAGGAAGAGCUAAAUAAUACUGCAAGCAUGUCUCUACUCGGAAGUUAAGGUUUAGUGUUAGCUAAAUUGCCUUAUCUACACUCAGGACACAAAAGCAAGAAAGAGAAGGAGAUAAAGAAGAAGUGAAUGGCUGAAAUAGCAGCUGGAGUAGUGAGACUAUCAUCCUCAACAUCACCAUUUUCUUGGCCUUACAAGCUCUCUUCAACAUCUCUUUUUUCCAAGAUUGAUCGUAUUUGUGAACGAGCCUCAAACUCCCCUUCUUCGCUUGUUCCAGCCAAACAAACCUUGCGAUUUCCAGUUCCCAUACCAGGUUUUUUCCAAAAUCAAUCUCGCUUGUCACAUCCCUCAUCCCUAUAUGCAACCUUGAAUAGCCCAAGAGGCUUUGGUCAACCUCCGAAGAGAAGCAAAAAGACCAAGAAAUCAAAGCCAGGCAAUGAUGAAGAUGACGAGGACGACGAGGAGGAGGAGCAAGAAGAACCAGAUGCCGGGGUAAUACCCGAAGUAGUGACUAACAGGAUGAUGACCAGGAUGGGAAUCUCGGUGGGGGCUCCCUUGUUUGUUGGAGUGUUGUUCUUCCCAUUCUUCUACUAUCUCAAAGUUGGUUUGAAGAUUGAUGUGCCUACAUGGGUGCCUUUUAUUGUGUCCUUCAUCUUCUUCGGGUCUGCCUUACUAGGUGUGAGUUAUGGCAUUGUGUCCUCCAGUUGGGAUCCAAAGAGAGAAGGAUCAUUUUGGGGUUGGAACGAGGCUCAGAAGAACUGGCCUGUUUUUUGGCAGUCUCUACGGGGGAGACCUGGCAAGCAGUAGGCUCUCUUAUCUCUUGCCCUGUUUCUGCUUUCCUUGGAUAUUCUUGUGCUAAAAAAAUAAAGACAAUUUUGGUAGUCUUGAAUGAAUCUGUAAAUUCUUACUUAACAUAUGCUUUCAAAUAGAGCUUUUUAUUUUUUAUAA